UGCAACUGAUACUUUGGCCAAAAAAAAAAAUAUUCGAGAAAAACUUGUUCCUGUUUUCUAAAUAAGAAGUGGUGUCAGUGUCACUGACGAUUAGGUUGGAAAAGAAAUCAACCGUCUACUUUUCUGGGUAAGUAUUCCACCUCAGCAGGAGGGAGCCAAGCAUCUCCAAUGGUUAGCCUCCCACUCAAUCGAUCGACAGUGAUUGGAAACAGAAAUUGCGAUUGAAUUUACAGGUUUUGCACACGAGGACGAGAGAGAGAGAGAGAGAGAGAGAGAGAGAGAGAGAGAGAGAGAGAGAGAGAUUAAUUGCAGAAGAACUGGAGUUGAUGGAAAUUCAAUGGAUUAACCAAUUCCAGCGGAUCAGGAAAGAAAUUACAAAAAAAUAACUGGCAAUUAAUUCAGAUAUUGUACGAUCAAACAAGCAGAAACAAACAUUUUACUAAUUAAUCAAAACAAAACAAAACAAAACAAAACCCGACGAUUCAAUCACCGUAUCUGUCCAAGUACAAAAUUUGUUUGCACCCAGAAUCACGUGUUCACCACAUGGUCCCUCUCCAGCCAGAGAAUAUACGUCCAUUCGUCGAUGUCUAUACUCAUCUUCCACUCUAAUUGAGCUAUAAUUUCCUCCUCUCUCUCUCUCUCACUCUCUCUCUCUCUCUCAUGGAGAGACUGGUGGAAGCAUCAGAGCAAGAGGUGAAAAUAGACUUCGUAUUGGGAACCAAAUGCCGGGCAAACGUGCGCCUGAGGUCACUCGUCGCCACCGCCCCAGUAGCCUUCAAGGUCCAAACCUCAUCCCCUAACAAGUUCCUGGUCAACCCACCGAGUGGACUCAUCCAACCCUUAUCCCACGCCACCUUCCAAGUCGUCCUCAAGCCCCAAUCCCAACUCCCCGCAACCUUUCCUCGCUCCCCCUUCGACCGCUUCCUCGUCAGGACCGGACUCGCCCCCACCGAGUCGACUCACCCCGAGUUCACCCACGACAUCAAGCUCAAGGUCGCCUUCGUGGGCCCCUUCCUCCUCCGCCACGCGGUGGCCGCCGGAGACGUCGACGCCGUCAGGAAGAUAAUCAAGCGUCAGAGAGGCAUCGUGGCCGAGUUCCCGACUCGGGAGGCCGAGUCACUCCUCCGAGCCGCGGCCGAGUUAGAAAACCCCGACGAUGUGGUUAGUCUACUGGUUGAAGACGGUUUGAAGGCCGACGGCGCAGGUGCGAGGUCGGGCGACGUCGGCGAAACCAGAUGGGCGUCGAAGGGCUGGACGGAUUUGCACGUGGCGGCGGCGUUCGGCCGGACGGAGGAGGUUUCGAGUUUGGUUAGGGCGAGCGAAGAACGGGGGCCGUUGUUGGAUUGCAGGGACAAGGAGGGACGGACGCCGUUGCAUUUGGCGGCGAGCAAGGGCCACGAGAGGUGUGCUAGGGUGUUGGCGGGUGUAGGUGCGGACGUGAACGCGGCGAGCAAGGACGGUCGGACGGCGUUGUACAGAGCAGCUGCGAAUGGGGACCGUCGGAUGGUGGAGGUGCUGGUUGAGUUGGGUGCGGACCCCACAGUCGGUUCGAUGGAUCGUGGCCGCUCAGCGAUUCAUGUUGCUCGAGAUAAGGGACAUACAGAAGUGGUCAACAUACUCGAACGCGGGGAAGCAGUGCUAGAAGCGGCCAGGCGCGGCGACCUAAACCACCUUGAGUCGCUGCUAGAUCGGGAUGCAAGUGUCAGCUUCCGAGACCAGUACGGUCUUACGGCUCUCCACGUCGCCGCAUUCAAAGGGCACAAGGAUGCAGUGAUGAUGCUCGUCGAGUUGGGCUCUGCUGAGCUUGAAUGCCGGGACCACGAAGGGCACACGCCGCUCCACUUGGCCGUGGAAGGCGGACAUGCGGAGAUGGUCGAAGUGCUGGUCAACAGGGGAGCGAAUGUGAAUGCCAGUAGCAAGAAGGGUGCGACGCCUCUGUACUUGGCUAGAGCCAUGGGGUACGAUGAUAUAUCGCAGUUUCUUGUUGACAGUGGAGCAGCUGCCUCUUCUCUUCCUUCCACACCUUCUUCCUUGUCAUCCAUCCUGUAGCCGGAGAACAGAAGUAAAGUUAGCAGAAUUGCAAUUGACUCUGUUAUGCAUAUUAAUGCAGUCAUGCGCAUGAAGAUACUGCGUUCUCACUGGUUUCUCACUUUAACUUAGGUUCGGUUAUUCUUGUGAGCUACUCUUUGAGGCCAUCUCACCCCAUGCAUAAGCGUGCGAAAGGACUUUGGAAGGGGCUGAAUAGAUAAGUCCGAGAUACACGCAAGAUGGUCCGGGACACCCUAUAUUAAAAAAGAACUUUUUGGGACUCACCAAGUUGCAGUAGAAAUGUGGGAAAGGUUAAUAAGCAGUCAAUUUGAUGAUCCUUUUAUGGAGAACUUUUGAAGCUUGGGACACAAAUGCUACAAAUUGGAUUGAUUGUCACACUGAACAUGGAAAAGUGCUUAGCAUCCAUGAACCCAAGCCCACAACCCCACCACCAACAAUUCUACCAUUGCCUUUCAACAGAAAAUUGCCCCUAUACUUUGCGGGACAUAUUUGCGACAAGUUGAUUGGUUUUCAAUCCUCAGUGUCAUGGUAUUCAGCAGUACAUGAAAGUCCCCUCUCAGCAGCUACAAGCAAGUGGCUUUACCCAAAUAUUUCCAUUUUUCCCAAAUAAAAACAAAA